AUGGAGCAGCAGUCCCGCACGAAGCAGCAGUCGGGCACGAAGCAGAAGCCCCGCACAAAGCAGCAAACUGCCACGGAGCAGCAGUCCCACACGAAGCAGCAGUCAGACACGGAGCAGCAGUCCCGCACGAAGCAACAGUCGGGCACGAAGCAGCAGUCCCGCACGAAGCAGCAGUCGGCACGGAGCAGCAGUCCUGCACACAGCAGCAGUCGGUCAGGCACGGAGGAGCAGUCCCUCACGAAGCAGCAGUCGGGCACGGAGCAGCAGUCCCGCACGAAGCAGCACUAUGGCACGAAGCAGCAGUCGGGCACAGAGCAGCAGUACCGCACGAAGCAGCAGUCAGGCACGGAGCAGCAGUCACGCACGAAGCAGCAGUCCCGAAUGAAGCAGCAGUCAGGCACAAAGCAGCAGUCGGGCAUGGAGCAGCAGUCAAGCACAAAGCAGCACUCUCGCACGAAGCAGCAGUCAGCAAUGGAGCAGCAGACCUGCACGAAGCAGCAAUCAGGCACGGAGCAGCAGUCCCGCACCAAGCAGCAGUAG